UAUCAUUCCAUACAAAUACAAUUCGAUAAAAUAGCUUCAAAAUGGCGGAUAAAAUCGACGAAGCCGGUACGGAUAAAGAAAGUAUGGAAAUAAAUGAUGAAGAGGAUAUGUCAGCUGACGACAGUGAUGGAGACGAUACGAGUGAUGAUAAUGAGGAGGACAAUCGUGAAGAAAAGUUGAAAAUACAAAUUCAAGAAUACAAAAGCCAAUUGUUAGAAAACCCAUUCAUGUAUGAUGCACAUGUGAAUAUAAUAAAGACUGCUAGGGAACUUGGUGAUUUGGAAACUCUUCGGUCAGCUAGAGAGAAAAUGUGUGAACUUUUCCCAUUGUCAGAAGAUAUAUGGUUACCAUGGUUGCAAGAUGAAGCUGGACUUGUUUCGGAUGAAACUAGCAGGGAGAAUGUUAGGCAGCUGUUUGAAAAGGCAGUCAAAGAUUACUUGUCUGUCCCUGUGUGGCUGGAGUAUGUUCAGUUCAGCAUCGGUGGAAUGGGUGAGGCUGAUGGGGUGAAAAAAGUCAGAGACACAUUUGAGUGUGCACUAACUGCCUGUGGCCUCCAUGUAACUAAAGGAGGCAACCUUUGGGAAGCCUUUAGAGAGUUCGAAAAUGCCAUACUGGCUGGGCUUCUGCCAGCCGCUGGCAGUGUGCCGUCAAAGGAGCAGGAGAGAAAGUUUACAGAGCAGCAUGACCGGGUGGAGGCCUUGUUCAAGAGGCAGAUCUCCGUCCCUCUACAAGCUCUAGAGGAGACACUACAGGAGUAUGAGGACUGGCUGCAGGGUCAGGCAGACAAGGUGGUCAAGCAGACCUUCAACAAGGCUCUCAUCAAACUGGAGAAAAUCAGACCUUACGAAAAGAAACUGGCAGCUGUGUCUCCACCAAGGUUGGAGGAAUACCAGGAGUACAUAAGUUAUGAGGAGAAGGAGGGAGACCCGGCCCGCAUACAGUGUCUAUAUGAGCGUGCCAUACAGGAAAACUGCCUCAACACACACCUCUGGUUACAGUACACUAAAUACUUAGAUCACAAGUUGCAAGUGCCGUCAUUGAGUAUUGGAGUGUAUAAACGAGGUGUGCGUAACUGCCCCUGGUGUGCCCAGCUCUGGCAGAACUACCUUCUCACACUCGAGAGGGCUCAGCAGCCAUUUAAACAGGUCAAAGGUGUAUUUGAAGCAGCCCUGUUGUCAGGGUUUUCCCAGGGAUCUGAGUACUUGCUCCUGUGGACAACGUUUUUAGACUACCUUCGACGACGCAUCAAGUGGGACCAAGAUUAUGAGGAGGACUUGGAAACAUUCCGACUGUCCAUAGAGAAGGCUGUUGAACAACUGGAUGGGUUUGGAGCUGAGGGUGACCCAAAUGGUAUUCUGAGGCAGACCUGGGCAAUAGUUGAGGUAAAGCACUGCAAGAACCAUGAGAAGGCUCGGGAGUUGUGGGCAGAGAUAAUGGCUGCAGGCCGUGCCAACGAGGCUGCUCUCUGGCUGGAAAAUUACAGAUUUGAAAGGCAAUUUGGAGACGCUAAGCACUGUCGGAAAGUUCUACAGCGAGCCCUCAACUCUGUAAGUGACUGGCCAGAAUCAAUUGUAGAUGCAUUCAUCAACUUUGAAAGGCUUGAAGGGACAUUUGAACAGUAUGAGCAAGCUGUUGCUAAAUGUGAGGCACAAAUGGCUAGAAUAAGGGAACGCAGAGAAAAAGAGUCAGCACAACAAGACCAACCCAGACAUGAUAAGAAAGGCCAAAAGAAGGGGUUUGAUAGAAAAGGUGGACAGAAGGGCAAGAAACAGUUCGAAAAGCCACAACAGAAGUCCCAGAAUCAGAAUAAGCCCAACAAGAGAAAGGGAGAGGGAGAUACACCGUCUGAGAUUAAAAACAUCCAGCCAUACAAAAGAAAGAAUGAAUCUAUGGAUACCCCUGAGGAAGGCUUUAAGGUUCCCCUGCCUGUAGCAGCUAAAUUCACCAAAUCAGCACCUCCCCCUGGCUACAAGGGAGCAGGGGAGGUGGUGCAACCAGAGACCCCUCCAAGCAAUGGGGACCAAGCAGCCCCACCAGCCACUGAGGGUAGUAGCAAGGUGGUUCCAACCCCAGGUGUUAAGCGACCACUGGAGAAGUCUGCCCCUCCCCCUGGUUACCGUGCUGAUAAGGAACAAGACCAGGAGCCACCAGAGAAAAAAAUCAAAACAGAUUCUGAAGCAAAAGUGCAAUUUUCUGAACAAGCCAAUUACACAAUAUUUGUAAGCAACCUGAACUAUAAGGUGGAUGAGGAUAACAUCAGGGACUUCUUUAAGAAGUGUGGUCAAAUAGAGGAAAUCCGGCUAAUCAAGAACUUCAAGGGUCAGUCUAAGGGCUAUGGUUACGUCCAGUUUGCUGACCAGCUGUCCGUGUCCAAUGCUCUCGCCUAUGACCGUACAGCCAUGGAGGGAAGACCAAUGUAUGUCUCCAGAUAUGAGGAGAGGGGGGAAACCAAGUCUAAGGCUGACUUUAAGUAUCCCACCUCCAUGGAGAAGAACAAGCUGUUUGUGAAGAACCUCCCUUUCACCUGCACGGAGGAGGCCUUAAAAACUCUCUUCUCACAGUAUGGUGAACUGAAGGGUGUCCGGCUGGUCACUUACAGAAGUGGGGCCUCCAAGGGGCUGGCAUAUAUUGAAUAUGUGGAUGAGCAAACAGCAUCCCAGGCCCUGUUGAAGACAGAUGGCCUUCAGGUUGGGGAGCACACAAUUGAAGUUGCCAUUAGCAACCCUCCAGCCCGCAAGGCUCAGUUUAGCCAGAGGGAAGAGACCAGCUUUGUACCAACACUUGGAGGGGGCAAGAAAGAAACUCUCAGUCGCGGUGUUGCCAGGACCCAGGUGAUGUUAAUGCCAAGAUCAGUCUCCAAGAAGCCCAUCUCUAGCAAGCCUGCUCCGGGCUCAUCACAGAACAAGGACACUAACCCCUCAGACACUGGCAACAAGACAGGAAUGAGCAACAGUGACUUUAGAAAUAUGUUGUUAAAAAAGUAAUAGAUGACCGUUUAAUGUUAUCAUGUGAUGUGUGGUACACAUUUUAAUAGACAUGUACAUAAAUUUUGUUAGUGUAUAAAUCUUGAAUAAAAGAUAAG